AGGGGCAGGGACAGGGGCAACAACAGGGGGCUUCAGUGGAGGAAGGGGCGGCAGGAGGGAAUCAAGCUCCAGCGGGAGGGGCGGGAGGUCGGCUGGAGCGGCUGAGCAAGUGGGACUUCCUGGUGCUGAACGCGCUGGGGGACAUGGACGACCUGCUGGGUGUUGUGUUCCCGGAUGACAACACCGGGGACGACACCUCCGACUACACCUCACCCGAGGGAGCCCGCAUGCGGGUCCCCAACCCCGAGCGGGACGAGUCCUUCUUCUUCCGCAAACCCGAGGAAUGGAAGAAAGAGCAGGCGGAAGGGGAGGGUGAUGCAGGUGAUGCAGCAGCAGAAGGGAAGGAGGAGGGGAGGGGCUCCUCCUCCCCCCGCCCCGGCAAGCCCCCCGGUGCGAGCGGUCCGGUGCCCCGGCGGGGUCCCUGGGGUGACCUGACCCCCGGGCAGGUGCGCAGCCGCAUCGCCAAGUCGGGGCGGUGCAGCGCGCUGGUCAAGGUCACCCCCGACCUCUCCGACCUGCUGCUAGGCCACGUCACGUGGUGGGGCUACGCGUCCAUGCUGCGGAUCUACAAACACUACGACAUGCGGCUGGGGGGGCUGCCGCUGGCUGCGGGGGCGGGCCGGGUGUCGUUCUCCAGCUACCCGGGCCAGCUCAGCUCCGCUGACGACUGGUACCUCCUGGGCAGCGGGCUGGUGGUGACGGAGACCUCCCUGGACGUGUACGACCACACGCGGUACAACAGCUCGUACGGCUGCUCGCCCGCCUCGCUGCUGGCGUGGCAGCGGGUGGGGGCGGCAAACAUGCUGGGAGGGGACGGGCCGGGCUGGGCGAGGCUGGCGGCGGCGUAUAACAGCGGCACCUACAACAACCAGUAUAUGAUUGUCAACCUGGCUCGCUUCUCCCCCGGUCGCGAGCUGCAACCCGGCCUGCUGACCAUCAGCGAGAUCAUACCCGGCAUGGUGGUCACGGCGGACGCCACAUCGGAUCUGGAGCGGGGACACUGGCCCUCGUACAAUGUGCCGUACUUCCCCCAGGUGUACGAGGCGACGGGCUACCGGCGACACGCGGAGGCCCUGGCGCGGCGGGGCCCCGCGUUCGCUGAGGCGGCAGCGGGGUUGAGCUACCAGCUGGCACCGCGGGCCAAGAUAUUCAGACGGGAUGCGGCCGGCGCCAACGACCUGGCCUCCUUCCGCGCGCUGCUCCGCUCCAACAGCUGGCGGCCGCACCGACCCACCGACCCACUGGCUGCCGACUCGCCCUGGAACGCGCUGUGCGGGCGGGGGGAUCUGGAUCCCGAAGACCCGGAUGUGUACGGCUGCUAUGAUGGCAAGGUCACCAACUACAGACGCGCCCUGGAGCUCUCCGCUGACGCCAUCAACGGCCCCACCACGGAGGGGGGCCAGCCGCCCUUCCGGUGGGAUGCGCACCCGCGGUUCAACCGGAUACCGCGGCGGGGCAUGUUGGAGGAGUACGACACGCAGUGGGAGGAGCAGCGGCCGUGA